GUUUGAACGUGAAAGGCUGGAAUUUCCCGGUUUCUGCUGAUUCUUGAGGCCAAAAAAAGGUGCUCCCCCGAAAAAAAGAUUUCAGAUUUUUGUAGUUUCAACAACUACUUAAAGACCUCUGUGCCCAUCAGCUCCUGAGUCAGCAGCCACGGUCAUCCAUGGUUAGCUCAGGUUAAUGUGGUACCAGAAGCUGGGCCAAGAGUCUGGCAGCCAAGUCCAGCGGGUCACACACUCCAGCUGUAGUUAUAACGACCACUAAAUAGCCUUAGAAGAGUCCUCAUCUCUGUCCCCCUCCAAAGGAGUCACUGGUAGCAGCUUGGCAGGUGCACUUCAUGCGCCUGUGCCUUCCUUUACGCAUUAGACUGUGUCUGCCAGACGAAUAUCAGCUUUUCUCCUCCAGCUUAACUAAGGGCCUGAUCAUGUCCCUGUUUUGUGGAGUGACUUGCAGGAGCAAAUCCUUUGGGUGCUAUAGGCUGCUGUCAACCUAUGUCGCUAGAGCACGGUAUCUUUUUGAACUGAAAGAAGACGACGAUGCAUGUAAAAAAGCACAGCAGACCGGAGCAUUUUACCUCUUCCACAACCUGGCUCCCUUGCUUCAAAGGUCAGAAAGUCAUUACGUGGCCCCCCGGCUUAGCCUCAGAGAGCUGGAAAAGCUCCUGAUGAAGUGUGGCCAGGACACACAGCGAAUAGAAGAUUCCGUGCUGAUUGGAUGCUCUGAACAGCAGGAAGCAUGGUUUGCUCUGGAUCUGGGACUCAAUGGCUCCUCUGCCAUGAGUACCUCCUUACAGAAAUCUUCAGUGGAGACAGAGCUCAAGGGGUCUUUCAUGGAGCUGAGGAAGGCCCUCUCUCAGAUAAGCAUGAAGGACAUGCCCUUGCUUUUCACGGCUCAGGCUCUUCUCAGCUGGCAUGAUUCUCACCAGUUCUGCAGCCGCAGUGGGCAGCCCACCAAAAAGAACAUGGCAGGCAGCAAGCGUGUGUGCCCCUCCAACAACAUCAUCUAUUAUCCACAGAUGGCUCCUGUGGUGAUCACUCUGGUCUCGGACGGACCCCGAUGCCUGCUGGUUCGCCAGAGCUCCUUUCCUAAGGGAAUGUACUCUGCCUUGGCAGGGUUCUGUGAUAUAGGUGAAAAUGUGGAAGAGGCUGUUCGUCGGGAAGUUGCUGAAGAGGUGGGACUGGAGGUGGGAGGUCUGCAGUACUCUGCCUCUCAGCACUGGCCGUUCCCUAACUGCUCUCUCAUGAUGGCUUGUCACACAACUGUGAAGCCAGGGCAGACGGAGAUUCGGCUGAACUUGAAAGAAUUAGAGGCAGCUGCCUGGUUCAGUCGUGACGAGGUGGCUGCAGCCCUAAGGAGAAAGCACCACCAUCUUGGUCGACAGAAUGAGACUGUCCCAUUCUGGGUGCCCCCUAAGUUUGCUAUUGCCCACCAGUUGAUUAAGGAAUGGGUGGAAAAACAGACCUGUGCUUCCCUGCCUGUUCAGUCCAGGUGAACCUGUGUGGAAACCCUCCUUGAUUUUCCCCAAGGAGAUACCAGAGACUGACUGUAAAGAGGAGAUGAUGCAAGACCCACAAGACAGAGAAGAGGAGCCUAUCAGCAGCAUUAAGGAGGCAAGUUCUUACUAACAAUUAAAUAGGCUGGUAUGGAAAGAAAAGAACAGCUCAUGAGGCGUCAGCCACCCAAAUCCGAGGGAAGGCUGAAGCCUUGGAUUGGAUGCAAAUCUUGCUCACCUAUUUUCUCCAAGGUUUACGAGCAAGUAUCUUCAGGAUGUGGCUUACUGCCAACAUUUUCACGCCAACGGACAAAAUAUGACUGGGGGUAUUUUAGGUUAAGUUUUGACCUUCGUGUUAAAAAUAUAAUCCCCAUGUCACUACCGACUUAGAUUUUAUCCUCACAAAAGUACAAAGUAUAGAACAACCUAACAUUUUUGAGUUGUGUACAGGUAUAUUCUUACA